AAGACGCUGAGAUUACAGCAACACAGCAACAUGGCUCCUCAGUCAAUCCUAAUUACAGGAUGCAACAGAGGGAUUGGAUUGGAACUUGUCCAUCAGCUCCUGGAGCAGCCGAAUCCUCCUAAACAAAUCUUUGCAACAUGUCGUAAUCCUGAUUCCCUGCAGAAUAAGAAGCUGAAUGACCUUGCAGCUAAACAUUCAAGUGUGGUGGUAAUUAAAUUAGAAACCACAGAUGACAAAAGUAUCAAAGAGGCCGCCCUGGAAGUUGAAAAGCAUUUAAAAGGAGCUGGGCUGAAUGUUUUGGUUAAUAAUGCUGGGAUCAUGCCAGUGAGCACCCUGGAGUCUGCAGAUGCUGAGGACUUGAUGCGUGUUUACAACACAAAUGUAAUUGGACCAUUAUUGUUGGCAAAGGCUUUUCUGCCACUCUUGAAAAAAGCUGCAGCAGAAAACCCGCAGAAAGCUAUUGGCUGCAGCAAAUCUGCUCUGAUAAAUAUUUCAACAUUGUUGGGAUCCAUUGAAAAAACACCAGAGACAUUUCUGCUCUUCCCUAUGCUCUCCUACCGCUGCAGCAAGGCUGCUCUCAAUAUGCUCACCCAGUGCCAGUCAGUUGGUUACAAGGAAUAUGAUAUAUUGUGCACUGCUAUCCACCCUGGAUGGGUGCAGACAGAUCUAGGAGGCCCAAAUGCUACCCUCACGGUCGACCAGAGUGUAAAUGGAAUAAUCAAGGUGAUGGACAAUCUCUCUCAGAAACAUAAUGGGAUUGUUUUGGAUUGGGAGGGAAAUGUUGUCCCUUGGUAAAAUAAAUAAGCAGAGUUGCGGAUGCAUUCUAAUGCCAUUUAAGUUCCAUUUAUUUUUUGUGUGGAAUGUAAUUUCUUUUAUCUGAAUUAAAGGUAUCUUUAUGUAAUAUAA